UGCUGUCGGAAGUCCCCCUUUGGCUCCCUUUCCGUACUGCCUAACAACUUCCGCUUUGGGCCGUCAACAUGGACGCUGCGGCUGCCUGGUGGAACUGCCUCUGAUCGGUUGCGGGGGCGCAGCUUCUCUGCGGCGCCCACCCGGCUUCCCCGCCCUCCCCCCUCCCCUCUCCCCCUUCCCCCCCGCCCCUUGCUCCAGUCCCUGCAGCCGGCGGGCUUGUCGUUACAUGGGGGCGGGCCUCCGCGGCCGGCGCACGGCUUCCUGUUCAGAGGCGGCCUGGCGGUAGUAGGCGGCGGCGGCGGCGACUCCGCCCGCGCCCACUUCGGCGCGGUGAUCGAGUGCCCGGGAGGGAGGCUCGAGAGCCGCAUUUUGUGCCGCUGCGCCAAGCCCGACCCUGCGCCGCCAUGGCCCCAGUGCAGCUGGAGAACCACCAGCUGGUCCCGCCCGGAGGCGGCGGCGGGGGCAGCGGUGGCCCCGCGUCAGCCCCGGCGCCUCCUCCUCCGGGAGCCGCCGUGGCGGCGGCCGCUGCGGCGGCGGCAAGCCCUGGCUACCGGCUAAGCACCCUCAUCGAAUUUCUGCUGCACCGGGCCUACUCGGAGCUCAUGGUGCUGACUGACCUACUGCCAAGGAAAUCUGAUGUGGAAAGGAAAAUAGAAAUAGUGCAAUUUGCUAGCCGGACACGCCAACUCUUUGUUCGAUUAUUAGCUUUAGUAAAAUGGGCUAAUAAUGCUGGCAAAGUGGAAAAAUGUGCGAUGAUCUCGAGCUUCUUAGAUCAGCAAGCCAUCCUGUUUGUGGAUACUGCUGAUCGCCUGGCCUCAUUAGCUAGAGAUGCUCUGGUCCAUGCACGCCUGCCUAGUUUUGCCAUCCCAUAUGCUAUUGAUGUACUGACUACUGGGUCUUACCCACGGCUGCCAACCUGCAUUAGGGAUAAAAUUAUUCCUCCAGACCCAAUCACCAAAAUUGAGAAACAAGCUACACUUCACCAGCUGAACCAGAUUCUUAGACAUCGGCUUGUAACCACAGAUCUUCCUCCUCAGUUAGCAAAUCUUACAGUUGCAAAUGGCCGAGUGAAGUUUCGAGUUGAAGGAGAAUUUGAAGCCACCUUGACUGUGAUGGGAGAUGACCCUGAUGUUCCCUGGCGUCUUCUCAAGCUAGAAAUUCUAGUUGAGGAUAAGGAAACAGGAGAUGGGCGAGCCUUGGUUCAUAGUAUGCAGAUCAACUUUAUCCAUCAGCUGGUACAGUCUAGGCUCUUUGCUGAUGAGAAACCUCUUCAGGACAUGUACAACUGCCUGCAUUCUUUCUGCUUAUCACUUCAGUUAGAAGUGCUACAUUCCCAAACUCUAAUGUUAAUCCGAGAGCGGUGGGGAGACCUCGUACAGGUGGAAAGGUAUCAUGCAGGAAAAUGCCUCUCCCUCUCAGUUUGGAAUCAACAGGUUCUUGGGAGAAAAACAGGGACAGCAUCUGUUCACAAAGUUACAAUUAAAAUUGAUGAGAAUGAUGUCUCCAAGCCUUUACAGAUUUUUCAUGAUCCUCCUUUGCCAGCUUCUGAUUCCAAAUUAGUAGAAAGAGCCAUGAAGAUUGAUCAUUUAUCAAUAGAAAAACUCCUGAUUGACAGUGUCCAUGCACGAGCUCAUCAGAAGCUCCAGGAACUGAAGGCCAUUCUUAGAGGCUUCAAUGCCAAUGAAAAUUCUUCCAUAGAGACUGCACUUCCAGCUCUUGUUGUUCCCAUCUUGGAGCCCUGUGGUAAUUCGGAGUGUCUACACAUUUUUGUAGAUUUGCAUUCUGGAAUGUUCCAGUUGAUGCUUUAUGGACUUGACCAGGCCACACUGGAUGACAUGGAGAAGUCUGUGAAUGAUGAUAUGAAACGGAUCAUUCCUUGGAUUCAGCAACUUAAGUUUUGGCUUGGACAACAGCGUUGCAAACAAUCUAUAAAACACUUGCCUACAAUAAGCAGUGAAACAUUGCAGCUGUCCAAUUAUUCAACCCAUCCUAUUGGAAACCUUUCUAAGAAUAAGCUGUUCAUUAAACUUACCCGCCUUCCACAAUACUACAUUGUUGUGGAGAUGUUGGAGGUUCCCAAUAAACCCACACAGCUGUCAUACAAGUACUACUUCAUGUCUGUGAAUGCCACAGAUCGUGAAGACAGCCCUGUCAUGGCCCUCCUGCUGCAGCAGUUCAAGGAAAACAUCCAGGAAUUAGUUUAUCGUACAAAAAACGGGAAACAGCCUAGAAGCAGUACCAAGCGCAAGUUGUCUGAUGAUCUGUGUCCAGUAGAACCCAAGAAAACCAAACGAUCAGGAGAAAUGUGUGCCUUCAAUAAAGUUCUAGCUCACUUUGUCGCUAUGUGUGAUACAAAUAUGCCAUUUGUAGGACUUCGGUUGGAGCUGUCCAAUCUGGAGAUUCCACAUCAAGGAGUGCAAAUGGAAGGUGAUGGCUUCAGUCACGCGAUUCGCUUAUUGAAAAUUCCUCCCUGUAAGGGUGUAAAUGAGGAAACCCAAAAGGCUCUGGACCGCUCUCUUCUCGAUUGCACUUUCCGAUUACAAGGUAGAAAUAACCGCACCUGGGUGGCAGAGUUAGUGUUUGCAAAUUGUCCACUUAAUGGCACUUCUACCAGGGAGCAAGGACCAUCCCGGCAUGUUUAUCUGACAUAUGAAAACCUGUUGUCUGAACCUGUUGGUGGUAGAAAAGUGGUUGAAAUGUUCCUUAAUGACUGGAAUAGCAUUGCACGAUUAUAUGAGUGUGUGUUGGAAUUUGCACGUUCUCUACCAGACAUACCCACUCAUCUAAACAUUUUCUCAGAAGUUCGUGUUUAUAAUUACCGAAAACUUAUCUUGUGUUAUGGAACCACCAAGGGAAGUUCAAUUAGUAUCCAGUGGAAUUCCAUACAUCAGAAAUUUCACAUUUCUUUGGGAACUGUUGGUCCAAACUCAGGAUGCAGUAACUGUCACAAUACCAUUCUCCAUCAGCUUCAAGAAAUGUUCAACAAAACACCAAAUGUGGUUCAGUUAUUACAGGUACUGUUUGAUACUCAGGCUCCAUUGAAUGCCAUCAACAAACUGCCCACUGUGCCGAUGUUGGGCUUGACUCAGAGAACCAACACUGCCUACCAGUGCUUCUCCAUCCUGCCGCAGUCAUCCACCCACAUCAGACUGGCCUUCAGGAACAUGUAUUGCAUUGAUAUAUACUGCCGGAGUCGAGGCGUUGUGGCAAUACGCGAUGGGGCCUAUAGUCUUUUUGAUAAUAGCAAGUUAGUUGAAGGUUUUUAUCCUGCACCAGGACUCAAGACAUUCCUGAAUAUGUUUGUUGACAGCAAUCAGGAUGCUCGAAGAAGGUCUGUAAAUGAGGAUGAUAAUCCCCCUUCUCCCAUUGGAGGAGAUAUGAUGGAUUCUUUAAUCUCACAACUCCAGCCACCACCCCAGCAACAGCCAUUUCCAAAGCAGCCAGGAUCAUCAGGCGCUUAUCCUCUAACUUCGCCCCCUACAUCUUAUCACAGCACAGUUAACCAGUCUCCCUCUAUGAUGCACACACAGUCUCCAGGAACCCUGGACCCUAGUUCUCCAUACACUAUGGUGUCACCAAGUGGACGAGCAGGGAACUGGCCAGGGUCUCCUCAAGUGUCUGGCCCCUCACCAGCAACACGCAUGCCUGGGAUGUCACCAGCCAACCCAUCACUACAUUCUCCAGUUCCAGAUGCUUCUCAUUCCCCUCGAGCUGGAACAAGUUCCCAAACGAUGCCCACAAACAUGCCUCCACCUCGUAAACUACCUCAGCGCUCCUGGGCGGCCUCCAUCCCUACCAUCCUCACUCACAGUGCCUUGAAUAUUUUACUGCUGCCCUCUCCAACGCCAGGCCUCGUGCCCGGCCUAGCAGGUAGUUACCUUUGUUCUCCGCUUGAGAGAUUCCUUGGAUCCGUCAUCAUGAGACGACACCUUCAAAGAAUUAUUCAACAAGAAACGCUACAGCUGAUAAAUUCCAAUGAACCCGGAGUGAUCAUGUUUAAGACUGAUGCGCUGAAAUGCAGAGUAGCCCUUAGUCCCAAAACCAACCAAACACUUCAGCUAAAAGUGACACCCGAAAAUGCAGGACAGUGGAAACCUGAUGAACUUCAAGUUUUAGAGAAAUUCUUUGAAACAAGAGUUGCAGGACCGCCAUUUAAAGCCAAUACAUUAAUAGCUUUCACCAAGCUGUUAGGAGCUCCUACACACAUCCUCAGGGACUGUGUGCAUAUUAUGAAGCUAGAGUUGGGUCAGAUUCUUCCCGGGGAUGGUGUAGAUUCGAGAACUGACUCCGCUGGAGACUUCGCAGUGACAAAGCAGCUGAAGAUAAACCCUGCUCCCGGGUCCUCCGCCGUCCGAGGAGCUGAAUGGGGCGCUCCUCAGUUUCCUGACCAGGCAACACAGCUAAAAUGGAACGUUCAGUUUUGCCUGACGAUCCCUCCCAGUGCACCGCCAAUUGCACCUCCUGGGACACCUGCUGUGGUGCUGAAAUCCAAAAUGCUAUUUUUUCUUCAGCUAACUCAGAAAACAUCGGUCCCUCCCCAAGAACCUGUUAGUAUUAUAGUUCCAAUCAUUUAUGACAUGGCUUCAGGUACCACCCAGCAGGCAGACAUUCCCAGACAGCAGAACUCUUCUGUUGCUGCUCCCAUGAUGGUCAGCAACAUUCUGAAGAGGUUUGCAGAGAUGAACCCACCACGACAAGGUGAAUGCACAAUAUUUGCAGCUGUUCGUGAUUUAAUGGCUAAUCUUACACUGCCCCCUGGUGGGCGUCCAUAGACACUAUUGUUUUUAAACCAGGAAGGCUGACAAAAGAGACAAAACAACAACAAAAAAAAUCUGAAUUCAGCCUUCAGUUUAAAAAAGCAAAAGGACUUUUUUGACUUUAAGAGCUGAAUAUUCUAAAGUGGCAAAAAUUUUCAGGGUGCACUUCUUUCAUCAAAAAGACCAUCAAUCUUUUGUAUAGUGAACUUGUAUAGUGUGUUUAAAUGGGACACAUUUCAAACUAGGUAAUACGUCAGUGUCCGUUUGCCAGUAAUAGAUUUAAUAUUCUGUUUUAUACUAUAAAGUAUGGAAAUGCCAAACUUGUUUAUUUAAUUGUUUUCUUAUGUUUUGGGUGUAAUAGUCCUUUUUUGGUUUUUGUUUUGUUUUUUAAGGCAGGUCUGUCAUUUUUGAAUACUGUAAAACUGUGAUAAACUUUAUAUUGAAGCUGUAUUUUAAUAUGACCGCUUUGAAUCCUUACAUGAGAUGUUCUGGGAGUUGUUAUAAACACAUCCCAAAGAAGCAAUAUUUAAUAAAACUAGGUUAAAAAAAGUGACCCUCACUUGUGUGUACAUCAGCUCUGUAGACUUCUCAGGGCCUCCCUUCAUCUUUAACCUGGUGGGGCCAGUAAUUAAUUUCUAAUAAUACAUGUCUGAAAUUUGACCAAAACAUCUUCUUUGUUUCAAGGUUCAUUUAUUUUCUUUAAACAUUCCUAAUUUGACUGGUGGUUAACAUUUAGGACCUUGGUUGUCUUUCAGUGUAGGAUUUGGGUAAAACAGAAAGAACCCAAUCUUUGAGAACGGAUAGUGAGUAGUUCAUACUGAUCAAGGAUCCCAAAUACUGCAGUCAUUCUCUGUUGAGGAUGUGGGAACUUUUCUGUCAGGCAAAUUUAGUUUACAGGAUACUUCUGCAUAUAGCAUUAAUUAGGAAGCCAAGAACUUGAAUGCUCUACCGUUGCAUGAAAUUUCUGUGACGUUUCUUUAUCUUGAUUAACUUCUCCCCCUUGCCUUCCGCACCAGAAUUGGGGUGGUUCUAAACAAUCCCAGUUUAAUUUAUUGUCAACAAAAUGAUAAAAUGUUUUACCUGGAAGAAACCUGGUGCAGUGCACUCACUUGGAAGAAUCCAAGACCCAGGGUCUGUCCAGGGUCGGAUGGAGUUUCUGUUUGGAGCGCUGUGCUGUCUCUCCCAGUCAGUCGGGAACUUUUUUAAGCUUCAAAGAACAUGAUCCAAAGCAAAGGUCUUCUGGAGACUUGAUGUUAUUUGGGAAAGUUUUUUAAAUGGUAAUACCACGCUGAGUUAUCUGAUCACUGUAAUACUGGUUCUCCGUGAAAUUUUAGAUGCUUUAUCUAAUUCUACUUUAAGAUGAUUUAAUUGAGCUUCUGUGACUAUCAACUGCCAAAUUCUAGUUUCAAGCAUCUCAUUGCAGUUAAUAUCUGUUCUCAACUUUGCUUGAUUCUCCAUUCAUUUCUGGUCAGAAUUGAGGCCUUCUUUGCCUUUCUUCUAUGUCUUAUUUCUGCCUUCAUCUCCUGCUUCUCACCCAACUCUGCCACUAUGCAGAAGCAGGUGACUAAACUUUUAUCCUUCCCUUAACUUACCUUUUAUCCUUCUGUUUUUGGUUCACCUUACAAUGGUAAUCACAUCAGUUUGGCAGUCUGAGAUGUCUUUAUCAAGGGUCAGCCCUUUCCUAUUUGGAGCUGAAUCCUUUCUUUCAUGUAGAAAUCUACAUGUAUAUACAAGAAAUGUAUUUUUAU